GGAAAAGGAUAAAAUAGCCUAACCUUAAUGCUGCCAUCUUUCAACUUGUCACUGGCAUAUCUGAUUGCAUAUAAAUUAUGGAUUAGCAACUUGAAGCUUUUUGUCCUUUUACAUUGCUGUUUGCUUGUAUUUGUUUUACUGCUUUGAAAUCACUUAUUUAUAGUUCCACCUCAGGCAGAUUAAUUUCUCAUUUCUCCUAUCUUGUUUUGUUUUUGUUUCUUGUGUUGAUCAUAUUUUCCCAGAUAUGUGGUUAAACAAUUAAUUGGCCAUUGUUUUUGGGUAACCGCCGUAUCUAAAAUCUUAAAUAUCGAGAGAUUCAUUGAUUCGUUGUUUUUCACCUAUUGAGCAUCAUCAUCCUCUUGAUUAUUAUUUGGAAUCUGAUUUGCCUGUCUCUGUGAAUAUCUUACUUUAUUUUGAUCCCUAAUUUGAGAAUCAUUCACAUUGCAACUCCUUGGGGCCAUAUCUUAUGGCACGAAUACAAUAAAAAAUCUUACUCUGCAACUCCAUUUGGCCUCUCAUUUUGUUUCCACCUUUCCAUAUGUAUUCUUUCUCCUUUGCAUGCUUCUGGCUUCUGUGCUUUCUUCACAGUUGCCUUGCAAGCUUGCUUUAUUAGAUAAAAUAUAUGCCAAGGACAAGCACAAGCACCGCAGAAGGUCAUAAUCCAGAUGGACCUGAAAAUCUUUCUGAGUCUGAGAAGCAUAUAGAAUCUGAAGAGCAAGUAGACCUUGAUGGAGAUAAUGAUCCUGAGGAGGUAGUGGAGGAAGAGGUUGAAUAUGAAGAGGUGGAGGAGGAAGUGGAGGUAGAAGAAGAGGUGGAAGAAGAGGUGGAAGAAGAGGUGGAAGAAGAGGAAGAAAAUGAGGAGGUUGAUGCUGGAGCUGGAGAGGAGAUGGACAUUGCAGAGGCAGACAAAGAAGAUGAGAAAAAGAAGUGGGCUGAGCUUCUUUCACUUCCUCCACAUGGAUCUGAGGUCUAUCUUGGUGGCAUUCCAUAUGAUGCUUCUGAGGAGGAAUUGAGGGGCUUCUGUGAAUCUGUAGGAGAAGUCAUAGAGGUUCGAAUAAUGAGAGGUAAAGAUUCUGGUGAGGUGAAGGGUUAUGCUUUUGUGACCUUCAGAACUAAAGAGUUGGCUUCUAAGGCUAUUGAGGAGCUAAAUACUUCUGAAUUUAAGGGGAAAAAGAUAAAGUGCUCAACUGCUCAAGCAAAGAAUAAAUUGUUUAUUGGUAAUGUUCCCAGAAAUUGGGGUGAGGAGGAUAUGCGGAAGGUUGUAACAAGGAUUGGGCCAGGUGUCAUUUCUGUUGAGUUGUUGAAGGACCCACAGAAUUCCCGUCGCAAUCGUGGAUUUGCUUUUAUUGAGUAUUAUAAUAAUGCAUGUGCAGAAUACUCAAGACAGAAAAUGUCAAACCCAGAAUUUAAGCUUGAUGAUAAUGCUCCAACUGUGAGCUGGGCUGACCCUAGAAAUGCAGAUUCUUCUGCUACCUCUCAGGUUAAGGCAUUGUAUGUAAAGAAUUUGCCUAAAGAUAUAACACAGGAUUGCCUAAAAGGGCUGUUUGAGCAUCAUGGAAAAAUUACAAAAGUGGUUCUUCCACCAGCAAAAGCUGGACAGGAAAGGAGCAGAUAUGGUUUUGUGCACUUUGCUGAAAGGUCAAGUGCCAUGAAGGCAUUGAAAAAUACUGAGAAAUAUGAAAUCGAUGGUCAAGUUCUGGAGUGUUCUCUUGCAAAGCCACAGGCAGAUCAGAAGACUUCUGGAGGACCAAAUUCGCUGAAGUCAACUUUACAUCCAAGCUACCCACCUAACCUGGGUUUUGGUUUGGUUGGAGGUGCCUAUAAUGCUAUGGGUGCGGGAUAUUCUCCUGCAGGCUUUCCACAUGCAGCAACCUGGAAUGCAACAACACACUCCUCCACAGCCCCGAAGUGGCAGGGCUGGGGGUAGCAGUAGCUCCAGCAGUGGGAGACGCAGCCAUGACAGUGGCCAUGGACGCAGCCGGUAUAACCCCUAUUAGUUUUAGUUUGCAUUACCAUUUCAUGCAGCUAGAAACAGAGGAUAUAAAUGAAACACUCUGGCUCUGCAUUCAACUUUCAACUUUCCUUUGGCCUAUGGGGAGCUGUUGAGUUAAAAGCUAAACCCAAUAGCUCCUUCGAUUGUUGAUGUUGAUUAAAUUUAUUGAUUUGUAAUUGUAUCUCCUAUUAGCUUUAGAUUUUCAAACAAUUAUCUGACUACAUAUCAAAUUCAUUCCCAGGUUCUUUUUUCAGCAAA